AUGAAUAUCAAUAUGGAGAGUAUUUUAUUUGAUCCUGAUCUGGCAGAGCUGUUAAAGAAAAGGAUUGCAAGAUUUGAUAAAGCUGAUAAAGCUAGUAAUAAUGAAUCAUUAGAAGAAAAAUAUGACCAGAAGCUUGUAGAAAAUUUUGGCGAAUGUCCACGUUGUAAGCGUGAAAACUCUGCCAAAAAUUGGUGUAGACCGUGUGCAAAAGAUAUUUAUUUUUCACAAUUACCGGAAGAUAUAUUUGGACAUUUAAUUCAUUCAAAAAGGGAAAUGCAUUUUGAUCAUAUGGUUUCGGCAGUUAAUCAUAUUUCUGAAAUAUUUCAAAAUAUAAGACCUAACUCAUUUAAGAAUGAAAAUUACUAUGUGCAUUGUAACAAAUGUGGCAAAAAUGUUCGCAUAGGUAUACGUAAGCUCGAGAAAAAAGACGAUAAGGAAUUUUGCAGCGCUGAUUGUAUGAAUAAAUAUUACAUGGAAGAUAAAAUGGAAAAUAAAUAUUUUAAUGCAUUAUUUACAGGUGAUGGAAUGUCUUUAGGAGUCGAAUCAUUUAUAGAAUACAUUCCCGAAGAAAGAUUACAAAAUAAAAAGUUUAUGUCUAUGGGUGGUUUCGCUAAUAUAUAUACUGCAGAAUGGAUGGAUGGACAAAUUGAAAGUAUAGACUUUAAUAAAUCAAGUAUUAAAAGAAAAGGUCCUCAACUUGUUGUAUUAAAGACCAUACCAGACGACAUUGUGGGUUUUGAUGAGGCGUUCCGGCAAUUUGCCCUUAAUACAUAUAAUAUUUGUGCAAGAUCUUUUGGUAUUUCAUACUUUAAAUCUUUAAAACAAGCUUUUCUUGUCAUGAAAUUAUAUGAGGAAGAUGCAAGAUCGUUAAUUGCUCGAGAUUACUGGAAACUCCUUUGGUCUCAAAGGCUUAAGUUUUUAUGUAGUCUCAUUUUUGAACUUGCAGGCCUUCACAAUGAAGGGAUCAUACAUGGUGAUUUACAUACAAAAAAUAUACUUCAUGACGAUGAUAAACUUAUUAUUGCAGAUUUUGGAUUAUCACCAUUCGAUCAAAAUCUCGCGUUAGACAUUUGUCUAGGAUUACGUCCAGAGAUUCCAAAAGACACACCAUCAUCAUAUGCUAAAUUAAUGACUCAAUGUUGGGAUUCAAAUCCAGAUAAACGACCCAUUGCUUAUGAAAUUCUUACAAAUAUUAGCCGAUUAUUACAUAUUUUAAAUGAUUUCCUUAGAAUUAUUAAAGAAACUAAAAAAAAAAUUCAAAUUCUUGGUGAAACUAAAAAGAAAUUUGAAAGUGUGAAUGAUUUAUUUAAAGAACUUCUUUCUAAACCCGAAAUAUCCGACAAAUUUGAAGUUCAAGAUUUCCUUGAUGAUGAUAUAUUUAGAAUGACAAGACCACCUCCGGAAAAUAUAAUACAGAAUCCUGAAGAGUCAAUUUUUAGCAAAGAAUUUAAUUAUUCUGAUUUUAUUAAGCAAAAUUUGAACUCUGAUUCAUU